UAUAUAUAACAGCCUUAAAGAGCAUUGUUGUAUACAACAUUGAUCUGGUGUCGUGAGAACAUACACUUUUCAAAAUUAUGUUUGCAUUGGGAAUUUUUAUAGUCAGCUUUGUUUAUGUUUCAGGUACAAGUUAUGAUGUUCCAAAAGAAUGCAGGCCAGUGUUUGGUUGUUCAUCAAGUUUUUUAGAUGUGCAGAACUUUUUCUAUGAUAGUGAUGCCUUAAAGGAUAUAAGUGCAAAAACUGUUAAUACCAUAUGUGGGCAUUUUCUCUUUAAUGCCUUUUGUGAAGAGGCAAAAACAUGUAAAGAGAUGACCUUUGCAACUCAAAUGAUGAUUGACAUGACAAAAGCUGUUUGUGUGAAGUACAAAAACGACUUACUAGAGUUAUUACCAUGCUACAACAAUCCAGAAUUCCGGUCAGCUAUUGUAAGAUGUGUGGAGAAUUCCUUUGUAGGGUAUGACCCAAAUACUUGUGUGUUUGUAGACCGUCUGAAAAACUGUGCAGCGAUGUUCCAUCAGUGUAACAAAGAACAGCAAGCAUCUGCUGUAGAAACUAUGGUCGAGGAAUAUAAAGAUACAAUAUGCAAUCAUCACAAAUUUAAUAUAGGAGUUCCUAUGUGAGAUUGUGAGAUGAUAAAUAAAUGUUGGGUUUUUACCUAUCAUAGAUAUA